AGCCUUUCACUCAAGAUUCCCAUGUGCACAUGGCCACUCUCCAGGAAUUCUGAACUUGGUGAUGGACAAGCAGCUGUAAAGGUGAUAUUAGUGGAGGCAUGGCAUGAUUUGGAUAACAAAGACUAUGACUGUUGGCCCCUGGAAAAACCAGAUGAGUAUAACAUGCUGGACUGUGGAGGACUGGAGAUGGUGUGGGUGCAAAGGCCUCCAGAAAAGGCUGUGAGCGGGGAAUCCUUCAACGUGACCUACGCAGUCUUUGCUUCAGACAACUUUUAUCAAUAUGCAGUGCAAAAUGGAAUCCUUUCCCACAGCAAUGCUCCUGCUGCGAAGGAAUUUUGUGAGGAGCAUGAAUGCCCUGCCAGAUGGAAAGAUGCAAAUGAGGAGAACUGCUGUGUCUACCAUGCCAACAUUCAUUCCUGUCCUUUGGCCUUCAUGGGUAAAGGAGGAAUUUGUGGUCCAUGGAUCCCAGAUGAUGGGCAGAUAUUUACUCACACUUUGUCUACUGCUGGAAAAAUGAGCCAAAGAAACUGGACUGCCAAGGUUGUUUUAGUUCAUAUGGGUGUGACUUCUCUCAUUGCGCACAUCCGAGUUGGGAGAAUGCAAGCUGCUCUGGAAGCAAAAACCACAGUCCUUCCUGCAGUAGUGUGUGGAGAUGGCUUUUGUGAGGAAGAGGAAGGUUGCUCUAUCUGUCCACCAGACUGUGGGGAAUGCCCACUUUCUGCUGAUGCCAGGAUAGCAAUUGCCUUACCAAUAUGUUUAGUCUGCACUGGCUUCAUUUUGACAGUCAUGUGGCUUCAAUAUCAGAAGCAAAAGAUGCUUUGGGAUGAAAGUUGGAUUAUAGAUUUCACCUGCAUCAAACAAGCAAAUUUAACAAGAUCAAAUUUUCAGCUAAUAGCAUCUUCAGGUCACUUUUCUCAUCCCACAUCCCAUUUAGAUCACGUCAUACGGACAGUAACGGGAAGCGUGAUGAGUGCUCCUCCAGCACCCAGUAUCUCCAAUGUCAGCUGUAUCACUGCUCUGAGCUCUUGCACAGCAGCUGCCAACAUGUCCAGGAAACAAUACUUCACCCAGACUGGGAGAUAUGAUGGUAGAACAGUGGCCAUAAAGAAAAUAAUGAAGAAAACAUUCACAUUGUCUAAAUCCAUACGUAAAGAAGUAAAGCAAGUGAGGGAACUUGACCAUCCCAAUCUCUGCAAAUUCAUUGGAGGUUGUAUAGAAGUCCCAAAUGUUGCCAUUGUCACGGAGUACUGCCCCAAGGGAAGCCUGAGUGAUGUGCUCUUCAAUGAAGACAUUCCUUUGAACUGGGGUUUCAGGUUUUCUUUUGCUACUGAUAUUGCACAAGGAAUGGCUUAUCUUCACCACCACAAAAUGUAUCAUGGACGGUUGAAGUCUACUAACUGUGUGAUAGAUGACCGGUGGGUUUGCAAAAUUGCAGAUUAUGGUUUGCAGUCAUACAGAAAAGAAGAUUCUCCUGAGGGAUCAAACUCAUACCAGCAGCAUUUGAUACAGAUUUAUACAGCUCCUGAAAUACAUUCACUUUCAGAGUUUGAACCCAAUUCUAUGACAGAUGUCUACAGUUAUGCCAUUAUUUUACUAGAAAUUGCCACAAGAAGUGACCCUAUACCAAAAGAUGGUAUGCAUUCAGCUGAAUAUUUUUGGUGCCCACCUUUGUCAGAAUUAAUUUCAGGAAAGGCUGAGAAUUCUUGCCCAUGUCCCACAGAUUACAUAGAGUUAAUCAGAAGGUGCAGAAAAAAUAAUCCAUCCCAAAGGCCUACAUUUGAACAAAUAAAAAAAAUGUUGUACAAGAUGAAUCCUAAUAAAGUUAGCCCUGUUGACAUGAUGAUGACUCUGAUGGAGAAAUAUAACAAACAUCUGGAGGUACUGGUUUCUGAGAGAACCCAGGAUUUAAUGCAUGAAAAACAGAAGACUGAUCGUCUAUUGUAUAGUAUGUUGCCGAAACAAGUAGCAGAUGAUCUCAGGCAGGGAAAACCUGCACAAGCCCAAAGUUACUCAAGUGCCACCAUCUUUUUCAGUGACAUUGUCGGCUUCACUCAACUGUCUAGCAGCAGCACACCGUACCAAGUGGUAGAUCUCUUGAACAAGCUUUAUACCACUUUUGAUGAAAUCAUAGAUAACUAUGAUGUCUAUAAGGUGGAGACAAUAGGAGAUGCCUAUAUGGUGGUUUCAGGAGUACCCAAAGAGAAUGGGAUCCUUCAUGCCGGUGAGAUUGCAAGCAUGGCUUUAGACCUCCUGGAUGUCUGCAAGACUUUUAAGAUCCCACACAAGCCCAACACCCUUCUAAAAAUAAGAGCAGGAAUCCAUUCAGGGCCAGUUGUAGCUGGAGUUGUUGGAACCAAAAUGCCACGGUACUGUUUGUUUGGAGACACUGUGAACACGGCUUCCAGGAUGGAAUCUACCAGUGAAGCUCUUAAAAUACAGUGCAGUUCAAGUGUAUACCAACUGUUGGAGCAGAUUGGAGAGUAUGUGUUAGUAUGCCGUGGGAAUUUACAAGUCAAGGGGAAAGGAGACAUGGUAACAUACUGGCUUGAAGGUAAGAAAGCCUCUGACCUCCAAAAGACAAACACCAGCACUUCUGUGACUCCUCAUGAUGCCAACAGAACUUCAUACAGCUUGAUACCAGGUGUACUUUCCAUUGAACCUCUCUGAAGCCCUGCUUACUAGCCAAUCACCUGCUCCAGUAUCCAUUCUGGUUUUUGGCUUGCUAGAUCAUUCUGCUGAAUUAGAAAAUUAGAAAAGAUGUAACACACCCCUUUGGCCUUGUGAAUGUAUUAGCUCACAUUUCAUUCACAGAUGUCUCUCCUAUUAGUGGCACCGAAAAUACAAAAAAGCAAAAACUUAUCUUGGGGAAUAAUACAUACAUACAGCUACCAGGGCAGAAGGUAGCUCCCUUUAGCGUUGCUUCUUGAUUAGGUUUUGCUGAGUAAUCCCCUGCCAGCAGCCACCAUGACUUCAAGAUCUGCUGGCCAGACAUUCCAGCCUGUAAGGUGUUCCCACAAGAAAGAAGGAGACAAUGCAGAAUUGUAAUUUAGUGGUACAAUAAACCUUGUGGUUGUGAUUGGUUUUGUGCUGUGAGAGUGAAAAGUGAGAUGUGUGCUGUGUGAGAAAGCAAGGUCCAUGGAAAGAGGGGGAUGAAGCAGAGCAAUGGAUACAAAUUGAAAUGAGAAUUUGUGCUGCUGCUUCCAUUUAAUCUCCAUUGUUUGGAGCAUAGAAAAAAUAACAAAGAAAGUCUGGUGUGUCUCCAUACAGUCCAUUCCUAGGGACACCUGAUGUCUUGAUACAGAGAUCUUGAAAUCUUGGGAGGGAAACUAAAGACAUUGCAUGCUGCUGUUAAACAGACUAAAGUUCACUACAGCUGCU